AUGUCGGCUUCGAAGGAAAUGCGCGCUUCUGUCAAAGAACUCAUGGCCGCUGUGAACGAAGGCUUCUCGCCCACCCAACGUGAUCCGCAUGAGAAAAUGGAGAACUUCUGCUAUGGGUUCGCGGUGGACGCGUGUCCCGCGGAGUUACUCUACGGAACAAAGUUCGGACAGGGUAAAUGCAUGUGGAAUCACGACAAGUACAUAAGGAGCAGCAUUCCAUCCUCCGACGUCGGACGCGUGGAAUUGGGAGCUCUGCGCGUGAUCGAAAAAGCUCUGGAGAAACUCGACAGAUCAGAGCAGCGGUAUCGUAAGGACUUCGACCAUUUCGCGAACCUGCGGAAAGCUAAACGAGAACACGAUGUUCUCCUGAGGAAAAGAGAGAUUCACUACUCGAGGGAAAUCGAGCGGCUCCUCGAAGAAGCGAAGCGCUUCGGCGAGCAAGGACAGGUUGAGGAAGCCCUGAAAGUUAUGGAAAACGUUCACCAGACGCAGAAACGACUUCGCGCUCUGGUGAAUCGAAUUCAACAGCGAGAACAGGACGAUGCAUUAAGGGAGACAUCAACGAAGUUGGCGGUCAACGUUUGUGAUCAGUGCGGUAUCGCCUAUGGGCUGGAUAGUACGCUGAGUCGGCUCCAGGCGCAUCUCGACGGGAAGCUGCACAAAAACGUGUGUAGCUUGCGUGAGACCGCUAAUAAUCUACGCGCAAAGUACUCAGUCAAGGCUCGAAGCGAUUACUAUCCCGCUAUUGCUUCGAUGCAGAGGAGACCUGCUCUAGUGUCUACGCUCCGUGAAGAUUUCGAGCGGGAGGACUUGGAUUCAUAG